CAUCUCUGGUGGAGUCAGCUCAGGACUGCUUAGGGUCUUUGGGGGUAAGGUACAACUGUGCCUGAAGCUAGGUCACAUUCAAGUUUGGAACAGGGAGUCUUGCCCCUUCAUUGUUUCUGUUUCUCUCUGUGGAACCGAAAACCUCGGUAAAUUUGCCUUUGGAACAGACAAUAAGAGAGGUGUCAGAGUUUUCCAUUUAGAUCGACAACUUCAAAUUCUCAGCAUGGAAAACUCAGAGAAGACAGAAGUGGUUCUCAUUGCUUGUGGUUCCUUUAAUCCUAUCACCAAUAUGCACCUCAGGCUCUUUGAGCUGGCCAAGGACUACAUGAAUGGAACAGGAAAAUAUGAAGUUAUCAAAGGCAUAAUUUCUCCCGUCGGCGACGCAUAUAGGAAGAAAGGACUCAUCUCUGCCCAUCACCGAGUUAUCAUGGCAGAACUCGCCACCAAGAACUCAAAAUGGUUGGAAGUUGAUACAUGGGAAAGUCUACAAGAGGAUUGGAUAGAGACUGCCACGGUGCUGAGACACCAUCAAGAGAAGCUGGAGGCCAGUAGCUGUGAUCACCAGCAGGACUCACCUGUACUGGAAAGGCCUGGACGGAAGAGGAAGUGGGCUGAGCAAAGACAAGAUUUUAGUCAAAAGAAAUCACUAGAGCAAAGAAAAACAAAAGGUGUGCCAAAGGUGAAGUUGCUGUGUGGAGCAGAUUUCUUAGAGUCCUUUGGUGUGCCCAAUCUGUGGAAGGGUGAGGAUAUCACCAAAAUCGUGGGAGACUAUGGGCUUAUAUGUAUUACUCGGGCUGGAAACGACGCCCAGAAAUUCAUCUAUGAAUCCGACGUGCUGUGGAAACACCAGAACAACAUUCACCUGGUGAAUGAAUGGAUCACCAAUGACAUCUCAUCCACAAAGAUCCGGCGAGCCCUCAGAAGGGGCCAGAGCAUUCGCUACUUGGUACCAGACCUUGUCCAGGAGUAUAUUGAGAAGCAUAGUUUGUAUAGCUCCGAGAGUGAGGAGAGGAAUGCUGGGGUGAUCCUAGCUCCUUUGCAGAGGAAAACUGCAGAAGCUGACACAUAAGAAACUCUCCAGCAUGGUAUUGUGAACUUCCCUUUUGGGAAUUUGAAACAGUGUGGGUGUUAGUAAAUGGGGGAAGGAAUUAUGAUCCUCUUUAAUAAAUUAAAGUUUAAAGGGUUGGUAAA